AGUUAUUCUUCAUGAUCGAUUGAUGAUUUGAACUUCAAUAAAUCACUUCCAUUGAUUUGUGAAACUCAACCUUUGUCUCAGAAUUGAUAAACAUCAAUUCAUCUGCGAUAGAGAUCAGUUUUCCAAUCAAACCCAUUCGAAGCUCGACGUCUUUUCCUCGAGUAGCAUAUCGUUUAGAAUUCCAUCUAUCUUAUCAUUAAAUACUUAUCAUGACCGAUGCUCCUGUCUCCGGUGCUCCCAAACGAACCAUCCUUAACCUCGGUGCUCUACCACCUAAACAGGUUGGGUUUGGUCAGAAUCUUUAUCCUCGUACCCCAUCCCGCGUCGACCCCAACAACCCUCCAUGGCCUGCAUACCGGGGAUAUCACGAAUACUCGUUCGCGCACGCAACCAUGGGAAAGCGACUUCCUACCAUCUUGGGCAAGGCAAUCGACGACACAAUCAAAACCUUGAAUGAAGAGAGCGAAGAGGAACGCAUUGUGGAUUUGGUCCGCUGCAUCGAACGUAUGGAGGACUUGAUGGAUGAUCUUCAUCAAAAUUCCAAGCUUCGUCCAAUUGUUGACGACGGAGAAGGUGAUAUCCCUCUCUGGAACAAAGAAAUUGCUCGUUACUUUCGUGGAAAGGAUUUCAUGAAUGCCCCGUGGCUUUUUGCUGAGGCGUAUAAAUAUCGCCGAUUACACGAGUGCUUCAGUGUGUCCAAAUAUUGGAGCGCCUAUGACGUGUUUUUCCGUCAAAAGUCCGAUACGUUCUCGCGUUCUGGCGAUGCUGUUUUCGAGCUCUCUACCAGAUUCGCAGACCCUCCCAAGAUGAUUGAAGAAGAAGGCCCAGCCAAACAAGAUCAGCUCAAAUUGCUUUUCGCCGAGUUGACUCAAGUUUGCUUAUGGGGCAAUGCAACCGACCUUUCCCUUUUGAUCAAUAUGACGGAAGAAGACAUCAAGAAUUUACAAUCCACUGGAGGAGCUCACCUAGCAGACACCGAAAAAAAUAUUUUGGGCAAUGAUUUGAGCAAAUUGUGGGAGCAUGUCUCGACCUUGAAGGGCGGUCGGGUGGACUUUGUUCUCGACAAUGCUGGCUUUGAGCUGUACUGCGACUGUGUCUAUGCCGAUUUCUUGAUACAAUCUGGCUUAGUCAACCAAGUUCGAUUCCACGGAAAACGAUUUGCGUGGUUUGUUUCGGAUGUCACUCGUAAAGACUGGAACUGGUUAUUGAACUCCAUGGUCUACGGACACCUGUUCACCGACAAGACCGAGGACGAGCUUGCCAGUCUCAAGCGAUUGGGAGAAAGAUGGAAACAAUACGAAAAAGAAGGAAAAUGGAUUUAUGAACAACAUCCUUUUUGGUGCACUGGUUACACCUUCUGGGACCUUAAGAACGAGGCGCCAGAUCUCUUCUUACAUCUCUCUGAUUCAGACUUGGUUCUUUUCAAAGGUGAUCUUAAUCAUCGCAAGUUGACGUACGAUUGUCAUGCACCUCCAAACACCCCGUUUGACGUGGCGAUUGGGCCAUUGGCUUCGGAAGCUGGGGCCCCACCCGUGGCUUCUUUGAGAACCAUCAAGUCAGAUGUUGUAGUUGGUAUCACUGACGAAGACGCGACACGCCUUGACAAAGAAGAACCGGGGUGGAAAAUCAGCGGGAAAUAUGCUGUGGUUCUUCUCUCUAAAGGACAGCCCGGCCAACCGGUUCAGUUCACUUAAAUAGGUGAUGCGUCUUAAACGUGCCAUAUAUGACUCCCAUGUAUUAUCUUUAUCUCCGUUGUUUCUCAGAUGUACCAGGCUUGUGAUGUUCUUAAUCAACCACGUCUCGACAACUGUAAGAAACAUUAUGUUUUAGACAGCAAGCAUUUCUUUUUCUCAUUUUCGUGGAUGUCUGAAGUAACUGUUCAACCACUCAGUCCUUUCAAUUGAGCUGUCGUGUACUUGAGAUAUUUCUGCUAAGUUUUUUCUGAUGGUUAGCCUUUGAGCAUGUAAAGCAUUGGUUGUGUGAUGGUAGCUUAUCUGUUUGGAGAUGAGGGGUUGCAGUUAACAAAUGAUUUAGCUUGUUCAAG